AUGGCUGAAAAUGAUAUAUCUAUAAAGCGUGGUGGUGGUUUUAUGGGCGUAUUUGGUCCUCGUAUUGAUAGUAUCGCUCGGGAAGUCGCUACUGCUGCUGGUGUUACUAUUGUACCAUCAUCACCAUAUCACAUAACUCUAUUAACUAAGGAUGAACUACGUCAAUUAUCAACAGAUUCAUCCAAUAAAAUUGAUCGUUUAAAUGAAAAUGCUGCAACAAUCGACACAAGAAAUAUAUUAUCUCUUGGUGUUGGUGGUCAUCCAAACGGUGUAUGCUGGGUUGUAAUCAUUUGGAAUGCAGGAAAUAUUUUUCGAAAAAAAUAUGGUUUGCCAUGUAAGCAAUUUCAUAUAACAUUGAGUGAUCAUGAUGAUCAUACACCUGAUAAAAGUCUUCAUUCAUUACAUACGACAUUAUCGAUUGAUACUCUUGAUUUAAAUACUCUUGAUCAUCUUGUUUUAUACUCUAAUAUAUCUGAUCAACAUGAUCAAGCGUUUAUCUAUGCACGUGAAAUGUGCAUCCGGUUUCCUGAUUCGGAAAAAAGUUGGCUACGUUUAGCUGAUAUUACACGACGAAAUGAACAAUGUAAAUUAGCCAUGUUAGCUUAUGCACGAACUAUGCAUCAUAUUGAUGAACAAGAAAAUGAAAAAAUUCACGACUAUUGUUAUAAAAAGAUUUUAAAUUGUGCAUCGAUGUAUACGGAAUGGGAAUGUCUUUUUGGUGAAAAUGAAUUAGAUCAAAUUCCGGAAGAAUUAAAAAUGAGUUUGUUGACACCAUGGACACAAACAAUGAGACAGCGAUUUGUCAAUAUCUAUUCCGAUGAACAACCACAAUAUCAACAACUCUCACGUGAACAUCUUUUUGUACCGUUUAUUGAUCCACGCCAAAGAAAUGGAAAUUUAGAAAUGUUUUCGUUACCACGAUUCUUUCGUUGGAUUGUUCCAUUUUUUCUAUCAGUCAUGUCUACUCCUCGACAUGAACGUGACAUCGAUGCUCUUGCGUCUGCUCAUAUUGGUAUUCGACAUAUUAUUACAUUAACCGAAGAGACGCCGUUACCUGAAGAAUGGUUUUUUAAUAAAACAAUUUCACACACACAUCUUCCUGUCGAAAAUUAUCAACCCCCAACAAUUGAACAAGUUGAUAUAUUCUUUAGAUUAGUUAAUGAUCCAACGAAAACACCUUUAUUGGUUCAUUGCGGUGGUGGAAAAGGUCGAGCAGGUACCAUGAUUGCUUGCUAUUUAGCUAUUUACGGUUUUCAAGCACCAUCGGCUCAAGAAUGGAGACAACCGUUUAUGUCAGCUGCUGAAGCUGUAGAGAAACUACGACAAUUAAGACCUGGCAGUAUUGAAACAGACCAACAAGAACGAUUCGUUCAUACGUAUGUUAGUGCUGUAUGGAAACGACAAGCUGCACUGCCACCAUUACCAGAUGAACCAGACGGACUUCCACUUGAAAUCGAAGGACAAUUAGAUGGAAACAUUGAUUUAAUAAUGCUUUGCGGUGUACCUGGCUCAGGAAAAUCUCAUGUAGCUAGAAUGAUAUUAACGCGAGAUGAACAGUGGACAAUUAUUUCUCAAGAUGAAACAGGUUCACGUGAUACAUGUGAACGUGAAUUAGGUCGACCAGGAAAAUAUUCUAAAGUCAUUCUGGAUCGUUGUAAUCCAGAUCGAGCAGAUCGAAAAGAAUGGCUUGGAAUUGCACAGUGGGCAAAAAAACCCAUUUGUGUUUAUUUUGAUUAUAACCCCGAAUUAUGUGUAUCACGUGCACAACAACGUACCGACCAUCCAACACUUACGCCAGGUCAACGUGUAAGAACAGCGGUACAAAGUAUGCAUCGACAAAUGGAAAGACCAAAACUUAAUGAAGGAUUUGUUGCCAUAUGUAUUGUACGAUCAUUUUAUGCAGCCGAUGAUCUAAUCAGACGGUUAGCACCAAUCAGAAUUCUAAAAUUUCUACGGACAGGUCAUCUUGUGAAUUUAGGUGCUGCAACCGCAGAUGAUUUUUUAGUAUCAUUCAAUCAAUCAAAUCAUACACCACAUGUUAUUAUUACGGAAAAAGUGGAUGGUGCUAAUAUGGGUUUUUCAUUGUCAGCUGAUAGAGAAUUACUUGUACAAAAUCGUUCCCAUUAUAUUACAUCAACAGCACACGCACAAUUUCGCCCUCUUUAUAAUUGGAUUGAAACACAUCGUGAAGGUCUUUAUCAUGUUCUCGAUCGUGAUAAUUCAUUUCCCGAACGAUAUAUUCUCUACGGUGAAUGGCUUGUAGCAACACAUUCAAUACCUUAUACAAGAUUACCCGAUCGAUUUCUUGCAUUCGAUUUAUAUGAUCGUCAAACACAAACAUGGGCCGACCGUGAUACACUCGAACGAUUACUUGCAGAAACGAAGAUAUCCUUAGUACAUAUUAUGUAUCGAGGACCAAGACCAACUGACGCUGUUUUAAAGGAAAUGGUUCAACGUCCAUCACAAUUCUACGAUGGUCCAGUCGAAGGUAUCUAUGUUAAAGAAGAACAAAACGGACAAGUUAUUAAUCGUGGAAAGGUCGUACGAAGCGACUUUACAGCUGGAAUUACUGACCAUUGGGAUAAAGCACCGAUGCGUAAGAACGGAUUUUUGAUUGGUGGUGAUGAUAUCGAAUGA